UAAACCCAAAGCGGAAGCGGAAGUUGAAAUUAACAAAAGGUGUACCGAGCACUAAAUCGAAAGUUUACUAUAAUUUUACGAACUUUACUGAAUAGACACAUUUAUGACAGAAUAAAGAAGUACAGAUGUGCCCAUCACAAUGCCUGUCACAAGAUUCCAUCCAUAUCAUGGGCAGAAUAUCUGUCUGGAACAUGAUGAUCAAGUUGCAUACAGAACUACAAGCUUUGCUCAUGCUCUCACAUUUAGUGAAAAACCUUUAAAACCUGGAGAAAUAUUCCUUGUAGAAAUAGAGAAAAAUGAACGUGGCUGGAGCGGACAUUUGCGUAUUGGAUUGACUCAGUUUAACCCUGAUGAAAAAUUUGAUUUACCACAAUAUGCACUUCCAGAUCUUGCAAAUAUGGGAAGAUCCUGGAUUUCAGCCAUUACGAAAUCCUACAACCGUGUUUAUACACAGAACAAUGACCAGGGCAACCCAGAACCUUACAAAUCUGUGUUAGGUGACGGUGAGAUCAUUCAUACCCCUCAAGGAUCAUUUAACAGGAGUUUAUUGUUACCGCUGAACAGACUUAACUCAGUUUAUGCACAUUUCCGAAGAGACCAUGAUCAUAUUCUGCCCACAGAUAUCGGGAGCAGAAUUGGGAUUAUGUAUAAAAUUGUUGACAAUUUUGCUGAAAUGCACUUCAUAAUAAAUGGGGACGACCAAGGGCCCUGUGUUAAGACGAUACCUUAUCAGUCUGGACCUUUGUAUGCAGUUAUAGAUGUAUAUGGUACGACAAAACAAGUGAGAAUCAUUCAACUUUAUGGAGUAUCAUCAUUACAGAAUGUGUGUAGGGACAUGAUUCUUCAAACAAUCAAAAAAUCACAAGUGCACUACCUACCUUUACCCAACAAAAUCAAGAAGUUCCUACGGUACGAAUGUCAGCUGUGAUAAACUAGCAAAAUAGUGUUUUUCUUCAUGGACUGUUUUUCAUGAACUGACGAAAUAAUUUUGAUUAUCUCUCUGUAAUACUGAUACAGCAUAAAUCUUUAAAGAAGAUACUCCAAUAUUUUAAAAGUUUUGUUCCCCCUAUCUGCGUUACUGUAUCCUAUACUUAGGAUGAUACUUUUGAAUAAUCAGCAUUAAUAAUUAUUAAUAUGAAAAAUGAUUUUACUCAGUGUUUAUCUUAAAACCUCAUAUUUCAAAAUUGUUUAUGAAGUUGUAAGAUCUGUAAUCAUUAAUGAGCACAUGGAAGGCCUGGUUGAGAUAUGUGGUAUAUUAACUAUAUACCAUGUGAAUGGAACAGUAUCACCAAAUAUGUUACAGCAGCUGUAUGGUUUUCUGAGGGAGAUUUGUACAGGAAAAUACAAACAGAAUUGUUUGGUUAAACAGAUUUGUUUGUGUUAUUUUAAGAUUUAUGUAAGAAAUCAUGUUGUUGUUUUUUGUGCUCUUUUAGGUGUCAGGGGGCACUUAGGUUUACCUUUGUCUGUAUAGAUGUUUGUCAGGGGGCACUUAGGUUUACCUUUGUCUGUAUAGAUGUUUGUCAGGGGGCACUUAGGUUUGCCUUUGUCUGUAUAGAUGUUUGUCAGGGGGCACUUAGGUUUGCCUUUGUCUGUAUAGAUGUUUGUCAGGGGGCACUUAGGUUUACCUUUGUCUGUAUAGAUGUUUGUCAGGGGGCACUUAGGUUUACCUUUGUCUGUAUAGAUGUUUGUCAGGGGGCACUUAGGUUUGCCUUUGUCUGUAUAGAUGUUUGUCAGGGGGCACUUAGGUUUACCUUUGUCUGUAUAAAUGUUUGUCCAUCAGAAUUUAUAUCAUGCAUAUGCACAAAAGAGUACGUGACCUAGUCACCAAACAUCACAGGAAUGUUAUUCAGCAUUAAGGCCAGAAAAUGAUAUUCAGCGUGUGAAGUUGUGCUCGUGGGGUUUUCUUAGGGGUUUCACUCAGCAAGACCAUAAUUAUGGCCUGUCACUUAGUCAAAAGUAUGCAUAAAGGGCUGUAAAGUUUUUAUUGCACAUACCAGAAAAAGUAUUUGAUGAACAAUUAUAAAAAUAGAGUCAUGAAACAUAGCAUGUAAAGUUUUGCACCAGGGGGGAUUUUAGUUUGGAUUUAUGCCCCCUCCAACUCAGUUGCUUUUUUCUUGGGUUUCUUGAUAAUUUUUAUAGUAUACUCCCCCUCCCCCCAGCCCAGCUAAGCAGCCCCACAACAAGGUAAUAUGCAAGUUUAUAUAGUCUUGCAUUGUCAACAAGAAAUUUGUGACCAUAAACCGACAGUAAGUAGGAAUUCCAGUGUCCUAUGGAUAUGCAUCUAGUUUUAAUUAGGAAGACCUUUUGUUGAAAGGAAGUUGGAAGUAGAUUUAUUUUUCACAGUAACUAGGACUGGGAUAUUUUGUUACUUGUUGUUUCUUUAAGUUACCAGAACCAGUCAUAUGUUCUUAUGAUAAAAAUACAUUUAUCGGUCUUCAAAAACAUACAGAAAUGCUUCUUUUUAAGUUCCAAAUAGUUCUUAAUGUUGAACUUCAUAUUCAUAGUUAUACUCGUUAUGAUAUUACUGCAGAUGACGUGAAAACAUUAGGUCAGUUAGGAAAGCUUUGAUAUAUAUUUGCAAGAACAUUGUUGAAUAGGCACUAUAUAAAUUUUACAGACAUAAAAAUCUGCCAAAAAGAAUUUAUUACCAUGCAUGCGCGGGCUAAUAUUUUGGGCAUUAUCAGGCGAGCCUCUUCCCCAGCUUGAAUUGUGCUGGCUAGGAUAUGGAAAACAAUGUCAAAUCCAAGGCAUCUGAUGUUUGUUUCUGGAUGCAGUUUUGAAAUUGACCAAUAAAAAGUACAUUAUUAAAUUUAAGACCGGGUACCUGCUUUGUAUAGAAAUAAAAACCUACUAUUAUGUUAUACCAGAUUUAUAUAGUGCCCUUGUUUUUUAACCGCAUUCAAAGGCGCUAUACAUAGUUCACUAUGGAUGUUGACUGCUACAUUGUUAGUCAUAAAAACAUUGACAAGUAUAUUCACAUACUUUCAUCUCGCCGAGUGUUUUCUGCCUUACACCAGUUUUUAUGCAAUCAAGGUCACACAGUUAUCUGUAGAUGGUAUGUCUGGCUUUUGACAGUAUAUGAAGUUAUAAAUGUGCUGUAACAGACUUCCUGAAUCAUGGUAAAUGUAUACUUUUUCAUCCUCUUAAUAACAUGUAUACAGUACAGGCUAAUGUUUCAUGUAGCAUGUGAAAAAGUGAGUAUGCAAUAAAAAAAUUUAUUACAUGUUCUAAAAACAACCUAAAUUUCGUUGGCCAAAACUGCUCAUCAUCUUUCAAAAUAUAUUUCAUGUUUAAUGGUUAGUUGGUUUUCCCUAUUAAAAAUGACUUUCUAAAAAUAGAAUGGAAGUUAUUUAAUGUUACUUUCAAGCAACAAAUAUUUGUUACUUAUUCAUAAACCUGAACCCAUAUAAUAAAACAGUUAUUGACUCUUGAGCCACUGGAUAUGAUGUGAUAUUCACCGGAAGAGGGCAAUAUUGACCUCUUCCAGUGAAUACACAUCAUAUUCAAUGGCUCAAGAGUCGAUAUAUUAUAACAUGUUCUAAAACCAACCUAAAUUUAAUUGGCCGACACCGCUUAUCAUCUUUUAAAAUAUAUUUCAUGUUUAAUGGUUAGUGAGUUUUCCACAUUAAACAUGACUUUCUAAAAAUAGAAUGGAAGUUAUUUAUUGUUACUUUCAAACAUUAAAUAUGUUACAACAAAUAUUUGUUACCUGAACCCAUAUAAUAAAACAGUUAUUGACCCUUGAGCCAUUGGAUAUGAUGUGGUAUAUUCACCUAAAGAGGGCAAUAUUGACCUUUUCCAGUGAAUAUCACAUCAUAUCCAAUGGCUUGCCCUCUUCCGAUGAAUAUAUCACAUCAUAUCCGAUGGCUCAAGAGUUAGUUAUUGUAUAGUGAUGUUUUUAGUUCAAGUUAUGUGAAUAUCUUUCAUUUCAUAAAAAAUGAUGGAGUCAUUUUUUAUUUCUGCAUGCUAGAACUUGCACUCUAUUUAUGAAGAUCACUGAUGACAUGCAUGUAUAUUUGAAGAUUUUUGUGUCAGAUAUGGGAUUAAAAAAAGUGCUAAUACCAUGUUUAAGAACCAUUUCAAGAUAAGAUUUUUUGUUUCUGUUCAAAAAUAGUCAUUUUUGUUGUUGAAAUCUGUGAUACCUUAUAAACAUGUUGUAUGUAGUUGUUUAACAUAUGUUUGAUGGACAAAUGGCAAACUACCUUCUAACUAUAAACUUUGCAUUGGUUACACACUUUUCUUCUUAGUGUUUUUUUAACUGUAAAUAGUUAGCAAAUAAUCCUGUUUCCCAUUAUUUAUUCUUUUCUGUAGAAUUUUUCAAAGGAAUUGGAUUGAAAAUUGACUCAAUAACCUUUAAAGUCAGGUAAUAAUUGGUCAGUGUCUGCCCACUUGGCUUAAUACUAUGAAUUGCAGGGUCGUUAGUUCGAUCCCCAGGCAUGGUGGAUGAUUUCCGUGACAAUUAACGAUAUUGUAUCUGAAACCAUUCAUCCUCCACCUCUGAUUCAUGUGGGGAAGUUGGCAGUUACUUACAGAGAACAAGUUUGUACUGGUACAGAAUCCAGGAACACUGGUUAAGGUUAACUGCCCACCGAUACAUAACUGAAAUACUGGUGAAAAAUUGCGUUAACCCCAAAACAAACAAAUAAUUGGUAAGAAUAAUUAGUUUGCUGCACAACAAUACCAGUAUUACAGUCUGACUUCCUGUAUAUUUAGAUGUCUUGUAAGAAUUCUGGAAUAGUACACAAAAGUCAUGUUCUUUUUAAACUGUUUUUACUUAUAUUUGCAGAAACUCUGUAUAUCACAUUAUGAAUAGAGAAUUUCUUUGAAAUAAUUGUUUUCUUUGGAGGAGUUGGUGUUUCUUUUUUGAAAAGUCUUUUUUUAUAUAUUUAAGUGACUGUAGAACACUUUUAAGAGUUAGAAGUAGCAGUAAAUGGAAAUACAAGCACACAAAAUCGUUAUAAAAGAUCUUAUUUUGAAUACUGCUGUUUCAGAUCAUUGAAUUUAUAACAAACUGACGUGUUGCGUAAACAAGUCCGAUAGAUUUACUAUAUAGAGUCAUGCUGUUUUUAAACUGUGUAACUGUCUUAAAUUAGGUCAAUCAUAGUAAGAUUAACAUAAAACCACUUGUUGAAAUUUUUAAGUGGUAUAGAAGAAUAGGACAGGUAAUCUAAUGUAGGGGACAGGUAAUACAAUACGGCAUGUUCUGCCUGAAUACUCUAUAUGCUAUAAGUUGUUUUUACAAUGUUUACUUGUAGGUGAAUAGCUAAAGAUGACGUCUAAUAAACAGAAUUAUAUUUAACUGAUAAUGGUUUCAAGUAGUUUACUUUUUUAAAAGGCUACAUAAAUUGCUGGCACAUCUUUUGUGUUAUAAGAACAAUCUAUGUUCAGCACUUUUGCCAGGUUACACUAAAAAUUUGAGAAAAAAAUGUCAGCAGUUAUUUCUGAUGUUAUGUAAUAAAACAUUUACUGCAUGGCUUGCUGAAACUGUUUGGCACUGAUCCUUCAAAACCUCGAGCAGACUACUGACUGGCCAACCACGCAGUGAGUGUAUCAUGUUUUGUUGCUUCUUCCCUUGAUAAUAGGUUAGAUCUUUUUUUUUUAAUAAACACUACAUAAAAGUAUUUGAUACCAGAAUAAAUGGCUUUAUCAUGUACUCAAAUCUCAAAUGAUUAUGAAACAAAAAAAAAAACUGUAAAACUUUACUUCUAAUAAUAGCUGUUAUAGAAAAAAAAAUCAUCUUAAACUCUCAAGUGUUAAGAGAGUUGUUUGGUUUUAUAUAAAAGUUAAAAUUGUGACAUUAUCAAGUCAUUUACAAGCUUGUUAUAAAGAGAGAUUGUACAUGUAUGUAUGCCUCUGUUUUCACAGUGCUGAUACAGUUGUUUAAGAGUUGUCCUGUUUAUACGUAAUAGAGUGUGCAGUGUGACGUUUUGUUACCGAUGAAUGAUGAUGAUUAUGUCAGAAUAAUAAAGAGGGAAGAUGUCA